UGUGGCUGAAAUGGUUGUCAGGUUUUCUCACAUCUUCCAACUUUGUUUCCCUGUAAAAACGUUUUUUUUGAUCACUGAGCAAUUCCAGAUUUUACUUCAAACCAAAAUCAGAGGUCCACGUUUAUUCAACUCGUCAAUCUUCAGAUCUUUAUCCCUCUCUGGCAGAGGUCAGCAGGUUCAGGGGAGCUGGAUUAUGGGAUGGCUUCUCACAGGUGGCAAAGAACUGUUCUUCUAUCAAAUGUUACAACAGAUGUUUAAAAAAUCAUUCAUGUGCUGCUCUUUAGCUGUUCUUCUCCAUGUAUUGUUGUUGUUUUGAACUAUUGAUUACUGUUGUAAUGCAAAUUUACACAAUCACCCCCCCAACACACACUCUGGUGUGCAUUUGUAAUGAUAAUAGUGUCGCUAUUUUUUGUUGUUAUUUGUUGACUCUCCUGGGUAUAAUCAUAGUCCACACUCACCAAUGCUGGAUUUACACUUUAAACUUUCACUUUUUAAACGGUGCCAUAUUUAUUUCUGCCAGUGCAAAUCAUGGCUAAUGUGCAAUACAUUCACACUGUAUAUAUUCUGUUUACAAUGUAUAUAUUAUUUCUGCUACAUUUAUAUUUUUAAUAUUUCCUUGUAUUUAAGUACUGCUUUGACUGUCCUCUUUGCUGCUGUAACACAGAUCAUUUCCCUGUUGUGGGACUAAUAUCUUAGUUUAUAUUGUCUUAUCUUGUCAUUUUCUGCAUGUACUGGUACUUUCUAAUAAAGUGAAAAUAUUUAGAAGGAGGCUUCACAAUAAGCCAAUUGGGUUUUCCUGCCUCCCCUUGCACUGUAUUAUUAUACUGUUAUUAGAAACUUUUCUAUGAUUUUUUUUCAAAUCUGUGCAAACUAAAUCAAAUCUAAAAAAAUCUAAUUUUCUUCAGUAUCUUCAACAGUACACAUACACAGAUUGUACUGUCAACAUCUGAACCUCCACUUUUUCCUCUGACUUCAGUUACUUUGGAGAAAAUGCUCCGCCCCACUCAACUAAAUCCUUAUUUGCAACAUUCCCCAUUUUGCAGCAGCGGGGGCUGCACUUUAUUUUGUGCGGGAUCUGCAGCUUUUUAAAGGGGAUAACGGGAUGGAUUUGUACGUCGUUUCUGUUUUAUUUGCAAGUAUCCUCAUCGUGCCGUUCGCCAUCAAGACGUUCUGCCCGUAUCUGUGGAAGGAUCUGCAGUAUUUCGUGGUUCUGCUGCGGAUCUUGGUGAAGUUUGCGUCCAGGCGCAGGAGGAGACCUCUCUUUUCUGUCUUGGACCGCUUCUUGGAGCAGAGCGCGGCGCACAAGGACAAACCCUUCAUUGUGUUCGGAGAGGACAGUUUCUCUUACUCGGUCACGGACGCACGGAGCAACAAAGUGGCCAACGCGCUGCGGGCUCACCCCGGGUUCACAGCCGGAGACACCGUGGCUCUGUUCAUGGGGAACGAACCCGCCUUCUUGAUUACCUGGCUGGCGUUGGCUAAGUUAGGAUCCCCCGUGGCUCUGCUCAACCACAACAUCCGCACCAAGUCUCUGCUGCACUGCUUCAGCUGCUGCAGGGCCAAGGUGCUGAUAUCUGCCCCGGAGCUGAAGGAGGCAGUGGAGGAUGUGCUGCCCUCGUUGAUGGAGCAGGGCGUCACCGUCCUCCUGAUGACCAGACACUGUGACACGCCUGGAAUCGAGAGCUUCUCUGACAAAGUGGAAGAGGCACCAGACGACCCGCUCCCUCGAUCCCUCCGAUCUCACAUCACCUUCAAAAGUCCUGCAGUUUAUAUCUACACCUCCGGAACCACAGGUCUCCCGAAGGCGGCUGUGGUCAAUCAGAACCGUCUCCUGAUAGCUCUGGCGAUUCUGUCUUCAAACGGUGUAACGUCCAGUGAUGUCAUCUACGUCAACCUGCCUCUGUACCACACAGCUGGCUUUCUAAUCGGCUUUAUUGGCUCCAUUGAGACAGGAUCAACCAUCAUCCUGAAGAGGAAGUUUUCUACCUCUCAGUUUUGGGACGACUGCAGGAAACACGGUGUGACCGUCGUCCAGUACAUCGGGGAGGUGAUGCGUUACCUCUGUAGCACAGCAAAGAAAGAAAAUGACAAGGAGCAUAAAGUCCGACUGGCCAUCGGUAAUGGAAUCAGGGCCGACAUAUGGAGAGAGUUUCUCAGCCGCUUUGGCAACAUCGAGGUCCAAGAGUUUUACGCCUCCACUGAGGGAAAUGUGGGAUUUGUCAACUAUGCGGGAAAAAUUGGAGCCAUCGGACGUGUCAACUUCUUCCAUCGGAAGCUGUUUCCCUACACCCUCAUUAAAUACGACACAGAGCGAGAUGAAAUCGUCCGAGAUGCUAAUGGGCUCUGUGUGGAGUCGCCCAGAGGUGAGACGGGACUGCUGGUGUCGAAGAUCACAGACCUCGCUCCUUUCGUCGGCUACGCCCAGAACAAAGAUCAAACGGAGCGGAAGAAACUUCGUGAUGUUCUGAAGAAGGGAGAUCUGUACUUCAACAGUGGAGACCUCAUGAGGAUCGAUGAGGAAAACUUUAUUUACUUUCAGGAUCGUGUUGGCGACACGUUCAGGUGGAAAGGUGAGAAUGUGGCCACGACCGAGGUGUCGGACAUCCUGACCAUCAGUGACUGUCUCAAAGAAGCCAAUGUUUAUGGAGUCCAAGUGCCAGGGCAUGAGGGGCGGGUAGGUAUGGCAGCUGCUACCAUGAUGGAAGGCGCCGAGUUUGAUGGAAGUAAAGUAUACAACCACGUGGUCAGCUACCUGCCCUCAUACGCCCGACCUCGCUUCAUAAGGAUACAGAACGCCGUGGAGGUCACUGGCACCUUCAAGCAGCUGAAGGUGCAGUUAGUGGAAGAGAGUUUCGAUCCAGGACGUAUCCGGGACCCUCUUUAUAUCCUCGAUGAUAAAGAGAAGAGCUACAUUCCGCUGACAGAUCAGAUCUACAGCUCCAUCACAUCAGGAGACAUCAAACUAUGAGCAGAUGUGUUCACUAACCGACUUUUCCGACGAUAGUGGCAUUGAGUUUUUUAUAAUGAACUUCCAACUCAGGGAACAAACCUCAACUACGUGUAUUUUGUAAAAAAUAUGGAGAUAUAAACACCAUUGUUAAAAGCAGGACAUGGGAACCAGGCGUUUAGGGUUGAUUUGUUAGGGGUCAGGAGUCAGAGUCAGUCUGCAGGAGGAGGAGGGAGUUUGAUAUAAUAGUAAUAAUAACUUUAUUUGUAUAGCACUUAUCUAAACAAGGUAGUUUAGUAUAGUCCAUGGCAAAAUUAAGAUUUGAUUUAAUAAAUGUCCAAUUUAUUAAAAUCAGUCCAAUUUAGGAGCCUAAUCACAACAUAAUGGGCCUGUUGUUUUAAAAAGGUGCUUCACUUGCUGCCCCAUUACCACAGAGACCUUUUUCUAGUUUUGAGGCCAUUAUUUUCAAGAUUUGCAGCACCGCUCCGGUCAUGGGUCAAGUUAUUGGCCAUUAGACUUUCUCUAGAGUACUUUUGUGGAAAGAUGUGAGUGACAUGUGAUACUCGGGUGGAAAUCCGUUUUACUAUUUUUAGAACAUCUUUCAGGGGCCAUAGAUUACUGAACAGUAAUCACACUAACGAUUCACUGAUCAAAAACCUGCUUACAGCCACUAACAUCUGGUGUUUGUCUGUAGUGGGAAUGGAUACAAUCAGCAUUCACUCCCAGAUCAAAUGACUCUGCAGUAAACGUGGAUUUUUAUCAGCUCUCUUCUUUAUUUUGGCUGCGUAGACGCUGUCACGGCACCGUUAUGACGCACAUUGAACUUCUGGGCAUGGAGUGUAAAUGCUCUGUGUACUUAGUGGGCCAGCGGAUUAAAGCAAAAUCAGGAAGUGAGCUGUUUCCAACUGGGCAUUAGAUUCAUCCUAGAUUAUUUUUUUCUUGCAACUCAUCACUUUUUAUGCCUUUUUCUUUUAUGCUCAAUAGGAUUAAUGGCUGUCAUGAUGCUUUUUAUUGUUUCUGAGUUAUUUUUAUGUCUGUUAUGAAUUUGCCAGAGGCCAGAUGGUUAUAAGUUACAAAGACCAAACAUUUAUAUUCAUGUGCCAAUACCUGUACAUAUGAAUUACUCUCAUAAACAUUAAAGUGAUUCCGUUUGUAAAAAAAUGUAAAA